UCGCUGAUGCUAAAGAUCGACACUACGAAUCUUUCUCACUCGAAUCGAGCACCACAGAUUGACUGGGCCGGUGUCAAUAGCAUCAAAAUAAUAGCUGCAAUAAAUAAUGUAGCGAAUUUCCCAUCUUCUUCAAUUUCAUCUUCGAUCGAAUUUUUCUUUUUUUAUAUUUUUAAAGGGAUUUACUUGCGAUUGCAGUGUUUAUUGUUUUGUUAUUUUGACUGUCAUGCUGAGUUUGACAGAAAUACUGUUUUCUUAGUGACUUAGGUUUGUUUACAUUGUUUAUUGUUUUGGUGCAGUAGUUUGAAAGAUGGGCAUGAUGCGGAGUUGCGCUAGGCAUAGUGUGUGUUUCUUGUCUUUCACUAUGUGGGUCGCUGGAUGUGCAGUGAUUGGCUGCAUGCUCUGGAUCUUGGCGACAUCGCCCGCUUUAAGAGACUUUUUCAUGGGAACUACAAUAUUCUCCUAUGUUGUAAUUGGUAUUGGAGGAAUACUCUUCUUAAAUGGUCUUAUAGGAUGGAUUGGAUCAUAUCGAAGAGGAAAUUGCGUGAUGAAGUUGUUUUUGUUGGUUGCUGUCCUGACUGUAGCUGCAGAGAUCGGUGGUAUUGUAGCAUUUAACAUUUUAGAUUUAAAGAUGACUGAUGUUUUCGAAAAUGGAUGGAAAGAAGUUAACGAAAACACAAAAAAUAUCAUUCAAGAUCAACUUCAUUGCUGUGGAUUCUUAGGUCCAGAAGAUUUCACAGUGAAUACUGAACCAAUCCAUGAAAGUUGCUACACAAAAAUCACACCCGGAAACUCAACAUCGACUACGACUGAAGUUAGAAAAUUAAAUAGGUUUUCUCCCCCUAAUCAGGUGACUAGCAAAGUUCGGACGCUUAAUAGGAUUGGUUGCAAAGAGAGAUUACUGGAAUGGUUUUAUAUGAAUAAGUAUACAUGGAUAGGAUCUUUAGGAGGAAUUCUCCUGUUUCAGGUAGCGAGUGUUCUGUUUGCUGUUUAUUUAAUCAAUCAAUUAGGACGAUCAAGACGAUCUUCUUCAGAAUCAUUAGAUGUUGACGUUGAUCCUAUGCAUCAUCAUCCUCAACCUUACUUUUGACUAUCCCCAUCAGGAAAAGUAGUCAAAACUACAACUACUGGUCAUCACUACAAAGAAAGAUUUUAAGUCUGAAAGCAAAGACUUGAAAAAUGUUGGCGGCAGGGACCAAUUUUGAAGUGCAUAAGAUUUCAGACAUAGACCUAUUCAUCAACAGAAGUUGUUCACUCCCCAUAAAGGGACUGCAUGUCACGAGACUGAUUUUCCCUAUGCUAGUGCUGAUUCUGUCGGGAUUAAGUAAUUCAUAAAAUUGCGUUAUUUUACACGAUUUGGUUACAAUUUGUAUUUGUUUGAUAUAACUGUCUCCGUGUCUUAUAAUGCGUGGUUUAGUUAUUGCUGCUAUAGCUCAAAUUAAAUGUUUUUCUACUGAACUUUAAAAUUACAUUUUGAGAUAACUUAAUUAAAAACCAUUCUGUAAGUAAAACACUCUCAGUUAUGAAAAAAACUCAUUUUUGAAGAUUCAGCAUUUCUUGGGAUAUAUUUCCUAAAUUUCUGUCAGUCAUUUUGUCAUAAAGCCACGUGUUUUUUAUUUAAACACAACGAACUCACAUAUAUUUGACAAAACUGAACUCAAUCGUGUGUCAUCUCAUCGCAAUCAGGGAGUUAACUGAUAAUUUUGUUUACUUGGUUUUAAAAGAGAUUGCAUUUAAUAAUGGGAUGGUACAGGGUUCAGUGCACUCCCUUUUCAAUCAAAUUUUUUACGUUAUUUUUCUGGCAUUGACUAAAUACUCUUUCACUUAAUUCUCUUUUUAUUUUACGUUGUACUCCCUAAUUAAUUGGUGUAAUCAAUAGCUCGCAAUAAUACUUUUAACGAAUUUUGUAUCCUUAAACAAAAAAAAGUUAUUGAUUUUUCGCUAUUUAACGAAAUUUUCCUUGGAGGAUUACCCAGAAAAUGAAUUCAUCAAUGAUGAAAAAACGUCUGGGUGUCUAUUUUUUUCCAGUAAACAAAACUACUCAUUACAAGAUUUGACUCAAUUAUAUCAAAUAAAUAAAACGCAUAAAUGCAAUGCUCAGAUUAUUGAUGUAUUUGUAUCAGGAAUUAACACCCCCCUUCCAGAAUUAGCAUAUAUAAGCGUGAAAUAAAACGAAUAACGUGCAGUCCUUUUAAUUUUUUACCCAUGCAUGAAAUACUCAAUUUUUCAUCUUAAUAUAUAGUUAACUAAUGUGUUGUGUAAAAAUGUCUUAAAGCAGUAUUCUAUAGUGUUGGGGAAGUAUCAUAUGAUCCUUACGUCCCUACGCCACGUGAUUCUGACGUAGUUGUUUGUGCAAUGUACAUCACGUGACUCUUCAACAGAAUUGAUUGCCAAAUAUUUGCAUUUGUGACUGACUUGAAUGUGUUUGAACUUUAUAAGUCAUUCCAAAUUUUUAUCAACUCAACAUUGGCCUUUACUGAACUGAAUUUUAAUGACUGAAAUAUUUUCUAGAAAAUCAUUAUUUUAAGAAUAAUUUCAAAUUUGUAUGGCAAUUUUAUUAGUUAAGUAUUUUCCCAAUGAAUAAAUACUAUGUAACAUAGCGCAAUUUUACUGUCAAUGAUUGAAUAAUUUCUAUUACAAUUCUGACCUUGUGACUUUAAUGCGAUUGUAUCUACAGUAGAUGCACAGAAUUUGAUUUUAUGUUAUAUGACCUCUCUAACCAACAAACAUUUUUAUUGUUCAAACAAAUUUAUGUUGUUAGAAAUCAAAAAUAUCCUUCAAUAUUUCAUAGUACUUGAGUACAUCUUAACUAAAAUUUGUGUUUAAGUAUUUUCGUAAUAUUUAACAACUUUUUGCGUAUAUUUUAUAAUAAAAAGAUAAUAAUAAUUUUUUAUUGAAAAAAAUUUUUUUUAGAAAUUUAUAUUCUAAUUUGUCAGUGUAUACUAAAAGUUUCUUUAUGACUUCAUAAAAUCAACAACAAAAAAAGACAAUUUAUAUUUAUAAUGGUGUACAUGUAAAACUAAUAUGGUUUUUACUAUGAAUUUUCUGUAAUGUUGAAAAAUGCUGCAUAAUGUAACGCUUAUAGACAUGUUGAAAUUAUAUAUAGAACCUGUAAAAUCCAGUAUUUACAUAAUUUAAAUUAUUAUGAUUUAUCAGUAUAUUUCAAUACAGUUUCGUAAACUGAACAUUUGUAAGAAUAUUCUUAUAGUUCUUGCUUGCUUUAAAAAUUCGAAACAGAAAAAUCAAUUAAUUGCUUCAAAUUAUUUAAUGUACAGUUUUAAUGUUGUACUAAAUAACAGAACAACUACUUAAAAUUUUCUAUGAUCAGCUGCAAAUCGUUUUGUACCUUUUAUGCUUCUUACGGGUGUAAAUAAAAUAUUAAGUUUUCAAAAAAAAGCAUUAUUCUUUAAUAAUUUAUUUGUGUAAAAACACUAGGAAUUACAAUUAUUCUUGUCGUGAAAAAUUGCUUAUAAAUUUUGGUAUUAAAAAAGAAUAAAACAAAUUAAAUUCUAGAAAUUUUUUUCAUAUUUUCAAAUUAAGUAAGUGUUUUAAGCAAGAUUUAAGAAACUAAGGGAUUAUUAAACAAUUUUCUUUGUUCCGAUAUUUGUACUUACCUACAGAAUCUAUUAGAAGAUAAAAGCCAAAUGAAGUAAUGAAAAAAAAUGCCUUUAGAUUUGAGGUUGAAUAGCUUUUAAGUUAAUCAGACGAUUAGUUAUACGUUAUAUUUUUACAAAAAAUAAAAGCUCAAACUCAUAAAUUUAUUGUUUGGUUAGGACAGUUUAAAAGUUGCUAAAAUUAAACAUUUUAUCAUAAAAUAUUAAACUCGAUAGAAAUUUUUUCAUUAAAACAUAGAUUGUUUUACAUAAAAAUCCUAUUUGUCUAUUUCAUUGUUUGCAUAAUAUUACAACUUUAAAGAAACAGAAAUUAGUCAAUGAAAAUGUAACGGAAAAUAAAUUUUCAGAUAUAUUACGCAAAAAAUAUGGCAUUGUAGAAAUUCUGCACUUGAAUUCUCAUUGAAAUUCCAGAAGUUUGCCCCUACAUUAUUUUUACUUUUCAUAACUCAAUGCACAUGCUCAUGAUUGUUUGAUCAUUUAAAUCACUCAUUUUCAUAUUCAAGUAAAAUAAUUGAUAGCUAUAUAAAUACCAACAGUGGUCUUCAAAUGUUUUUGGCUUGUAUUAUUACUUCAUUUUUAUACAAUUAGAAAUGAAAUAAAAGUUAUGAAAAGUAAUCUGGUUAGAGACUAUUGCAUACCAUUAUAUAUAAUUAAUAAUUGAAUAAAUGAUACUUAUAUAAUCAUCAUAUACAUAAAUCAUACCUUUAUAAUUAAUACAAUAAUUUUUUUUCUAAGCUUCAUUUGCAAAAAAAUACUGCUGUCUCAUAUUUGCUAAUCAUAAAAGUUACGAAAUUUAAAAAAUCAUAGAGAAAUCCUAUAUAAUUAUAUAUUUGCUUCAAAAAAUAUUUUAAUCUUUUUUGAAUCAAAUACUGGUUCAUCAGAAGAGUGUAUAUAGCACUGAAGCACAUUUAUAUUUACUUUCAACACGUAUGGGAAAUUUUUAGAUCAAAAUAAACGUCACAAAAUUUUAAUCUUUUAUUAAAUACUUUGCUCCAUAAGUGUUUUUGUAAAUAUAUAUGUCUUUUAACCAAGAAUCAUGUUAUUGAUUGUUAUGCUUUAUAGAAACAAGAUUUUAUUGUGAAUCUUCUUAUCGUAUAGCCUAAAUCAAAACUAGAUGUUUGAAUACGAAUCAUCUUAAAGUCUAACAAUCAUGUAGUGCAUUAAUGAAAACAGUAAUGUAAAUAAAUCAUUUAUCUGCUACAAAUUAGUUGAUUAUGAAGAUGAACCAACUUAGAAUAUAUUUACACUGUAUUUACAUGCAAAAUAAUAUAGUAGAGCUUUUAAAAUGUUUCAGAAUUCAAAUCAAGAGGCACAAUCACAUUAUCGUUGUUAAUAAUCUUAAACAGUAUUAAAAAAUGUAAAUCCCGUAUAUCUUUAAAUAUAUAUUCUAUCUUUUAGAUAAUCAUGAUGUAAAUACUUAUUUUGGACGAUAAUAUAAAUACUUAAAAGUCUAUAAAACUAUUUGUAUGUUGUAAAUAGGAAAAAUAAUAUAAAUAUGCCUGUUACUAUUAAAGGUUACUCUUUGGAAACCUUUUCUUUAUAUUUAUCUUUGUUUAAUGAAUGCUCUUAAAAUCCGUUUAUGGGUUUCUACGUUUUAUUUUUCUAAAUGAAUCAUUAAAUACCAUGAAAUUCUACUGAUACACUCAACUAAACAUUGUAUUUUAAUAAUAAAAAAAUUUAUUUUUAAAUUUGGUGAACAGUAAUAUUAUUUUAUAACCUGUUUUCCAAAAAUUAGUAAACGCCUUUAAAGAUAUUAUUUUUCAAUAAAGUUUGAUUAACGUUUAUUAUGUGUUAUAUUUUUAUUCUCAUUACAACAUCAAAAAAGUCGCUUUAGUGCAACGAUUUGUCUUUAAACUUGUAAUUUAUUAUCAAUAAUAUUGUACAUUUAACUUAUAUAUUAAACAUAUAAUGUAUUUCAAAAGUAAAUAACUGUGAAUAACAUAAACAAAUGUGUAUAAAUUCUACCCUAAUGGAAAUAUGUACAAACGUUUUAAGAGAAAUAUUCUUUUGAAAACGAUAUACAUUUUAUUAGUGCAGAUUGAAAUAAAUCAUUUCAGAUUAACAUUUAUCUUAAGACAAAAACACCUAUAGUCUGUAACUACAAUCUAAAGCACUAAAAUCUGUUAUAUAUAAUCUGUUACAUUAAUUUUAAUUAAACUACUGUUUAAUUCCUUAUUUAAUUGAACUGGCGUUUAAUAUUCAAUUUAAAAUUGAGUUGAUUGAAUAAGAUAUUGGUUGAUUGAAUCAAUAUGAUAGUAAACCAUUAAUAAUAUAUUUUCAAGAAUUUCUCCUAUAGCCAAACGUUGUAACAUUAUAUGUAUAGUUAAUAAAACAAUUUAUCCAAUAACACCACAAAGUAUGUCAAUCAUCAAAAAUUUAAGGCUUGAUAAUCCUGCAAAGAAUAAAAAUAAAAACUUUAAUAUUAAAAUCAAUUUAAUGUUAUCUGUCAUUUAACAGUUCGUAACCAAAUAGUUUCGUUCAUAAAACUGCUGUUAUUAUUAUGAAUGUGUAUGUGCUUUUACAAUACUGUACUGAACUGUUUAAAAAAUUAUCAUUGAUCUAUUUAUGUACAUAAAUUGUUCGAUGUGCAAUAUUUAUGUAAUAAAUAAAUUUCCUCAAACUUAA